GUGUGACGACAGCGCCAGGCGCGGAGCUAACAAGUUCGGCGAUGGCUGGCAGUGAGUGAUGACCCGGUUACUGUCCGUUGCGCGCCGAGUCGUUUUGGCCGCCGUGCGCUGCAGCGCCCGCGGCUGCAGCGGCCUCGGCAUGUUCUAUGCCGUGAAGAGGGGCCGCAAGGCCGGGGUCUUCCUGACCUGGAGCGAAUGUAGAGCCCAGGUGGACCGGUUUCCUGCUGCCAGAUUUAAGAAGUUUGCCACCGAGGAGGAGGCCUGGGCCUUUGUCCGAAAGCCUGCAAGCCCGGAUGGACCAGAAGGAGAGAAAAAUGAACAUGUACAAGAAUCACAAGUGAAAACAAACAAGCGAGUCCGUGAGCCAUUGGACCGAGAUGAAAAUGCAGAACCGUGUGCGAAGCACGUGAAACAGAACACAGAAUCGGUGCCUUCAGUUAGCAAAGACACUUUUUCUUACAUGGGAGACUUUGUCGUUGUCUACACUGACGGCUGCUGCUCCAGUAACGGGCGCAGGAGGGCACGUGCGGGAAUUGGUGUUUACUGGGGACCGGGCCAUCCUUUGAACUUAGGCAUUAGGCUUCCCGGGCGGCAGACGAACCAAAGAGCAGAAAUUCAUGCAGCCUGCAAAGCCAUCGAGCAGGCGAAGGCUCAGAACAUCAAGAAGCUGGUUCUGUAUACGGACAGUAUGUUUACUAUAAAUGGGAUCACUAACUGGGUUCAAGGUUGGAAGAAGAACGGGUGGAAAACGAGCACGGGGAAAGACGUGAUCAACAAGGAGGACUUUGUGGCGCUGGAGCAGCUGACCCACGGCAUGGACAUCCAGUGGAUGCAUGUUCCUGGCCAUUCCGGAUUUAUAGGCAAUGAAGAAGCUGACAGAUUAGCAAGAGAAGGAGCUAAGCAAUCUGAAGACUGAACGAAGUGAUUUUAAUUCUUGGAAAAGCUUCCUUGGUGCCCCUUGUAGGCAUGUCCCAGUCUGUGCGCCCAUCCUCCCGUUCGAGGCUGUCCCCUCCGUUUGGGCUGUUGUGGAGCGAGCUGCCUGAGCACCGACGGGCCAGUCCUUCUGCGAGCACGUCCUCUGAUUUCUCUAAGUGGAACAGCUGGGCCACGGGGCAGUGGGUGCUCGACUUCAAGGAACGCCAGCUGACCCCUCUGGCCAUUCGACUUUCCCACCAGCAGGGCGGGAGAGUUCCGGUUCGCUCCGCGUCCCCGCCGGUGCUUCUGCUCACCUCGUUCUGUUAGGUCCGCGGUUCUGUUUCGGGUGAAGACUCGGGAAGAUCCCACAGCGCCCUCGCUGCCGCCACUGCCCUGCUCCGCCCCCGAACGUCUGAUUUUGCUUUAAUGGGGCGGCGCCUCUUCAUGGGCCCAGGAUUGGAAGUACAGAGGUGAGAGAUCGUGCCUCCCAGACCUUCCAGGCUGCUGGGCAAUUUGCACAAGUGCACGUACCGUCCGUGCGGAACCGAAAGUGCGUGGAGCUCCAGGUAGGAGGAGGCCCGGCCGCUUUCAGUGAGAAGGGGAACAGGACGCCUUCAGGAAGCACAUUCCUUCUUGGGGUUGCCUAACGUGCAGCUGCCUCAUUACAGCUCCAGAGAGUCGUGGUUCUGUCCGCUUUGUCAGCUCCCGGAGACAUUUGAGGGCUGCCGCGUAGACCAGGCAGGGCGCCGUGCCGUGAGGGACCGCCGCGUAGACCAGGCAGGGCGCUGUGUCGUGGAAGAUACCAGCUUUUCAAAAGCUGCUGCUGCUCUCAAAAUGUGCUCCUGAUGCUUUGCGGACAGAGGCUGUUGGAGCGCCCCCGUGUCUUCUACGCCAGAGCGACGAGGCGGCUCCAUUGCUGGGGGUCGAGAAAACCGAGAGGAUCUCUGCCUUCUUUCAGGACAGGCUCAUGGGAUGUGGGCGAAACAAAACAGAUCCGGAGAGCCGGUCCCGGGUGGGCAGCCUGCGUGGUGGUGAACCGGCGCCGUGAAGCCACAUGUCGGUCCCAGUGGGAUCUGUCCUGACGGGCGAGCCUGGGGCCUUAGGUCACGUGUCUUAGAAAGACCUUGGUCUCCAUUUCCAGAUGUCUCUUAAUGCUCACAUCCUGGUAGUUCCGGAACAGGACGGGAGAGCUGCUCGGGAACAGCCCGUUCUCUGUGACGGGUCGGUCGGACUCUCGCCGCUCCGCCACAGCAGGUGUCCGAACUAAGCAUCCAGCACCUCCGCAGAGGGUCUCCUUGACGUACAAAUCCUGCUUUAACCUAAUUUUAAAACCCAGAGGCCACCUUACCUGAGUCAUAGCUGCGAUGGACUGUGUCCCCCAAGUUCGUAUGUCAAAGCCCUGACCCCCAGUGUGGCUGGUAUAUACAGAUGGGGCCUGUGCGGAAGUAAUUCAGGUUAACGAGCUCACUUCCUGCCUGCCCUGGCCACUGAGGAAAGAGGAAAGGCGGCUUGAGGACACAGCAAAGCCAGGACGAGAGCCCUCCCCGGAAGGCAGAUCACUGACACCUUGAUCUUGGACGUGGCCUCUGCUGGGAUCGUGAGAAGUCAACGGUGGAGCCCCCAGCCGGCGGCGUUCUGUCCGGCCGCCUGAGCGGGGUCCCCAGCCACGGAGGUCUGCUGAAGGCCAGUCUCCCCUCCUGGGGAGGAAAGGAACGUGAGGCCCAGUCCUCUACCCCUCGGUGGCUACCUCUCCUCUGCUUACCGUGCGGACAGCAUGACUGCGCCACGUGAGCCAGGGCGCGUGAUUCUUCGGAGAUUCUCCGCUCGGUGGGUGUCGGUGAGGCAGCCCUGCUCUGUUCGGUGACGGGUUCUCCGAAUGUAAGUUAGUAGCGACCACGUUGUUUUGCUGAAGCCUAGGAAACCAAAAAUAAAAGUCGAGAAAUAGGACUGUAGAGAGAGGAGAUGAUUACUCCCAUAUUUGGUCUGUGGUUUUUUUUUUAAACUAGAAGAAUGUCUAGUUAUUUAGAUUUAGGAAUCUCGACACUGGCUGGGACUUCCUUCUCUGUGCCAGGCCCUAUGAAUUGAUUGCUGUGCUUAAAGGUAUUCAGACAGACUCUCCGAAAACUGCGAGAAGAGACCCGUGAGAUCUGUGUCUUCCAGCAAGUGCUUGUUCUGCGUUUUCAAAGCCAGCGGGUGAUAAGCAGCGAGGCCUGCUCUGGUGUCUGGACCUCUGCUGGUGACCUUCGUUUUUUUUGUUCUUAUUUUAUGGUUUGUUUAUUUUCGAAAGAGACAGCAUGAGCCGGGAAGGGACAGAGAGAGGAAGGGACAGAAGAUCUGCAACGGGCUUUGUGCGUGGGGCUCGAGCUCAUGAACCAGACCGGGAGCUCCUGGCCUCAGCCGACUGGGCCGUCCAGGCGCCCCCAUUUUUUGCUUUAAACGCUCGAGCAACACGAGAAACCCCUGUCUUGAGGCAGACGGAAGCGACCGUGGUCAGGCCUGGAGGACCGGGCCUGGGGACCCGCUGGCUGUGAGCCGGACCAACAUUAGCGGUGCCCGGGACCUGUCCCCACCGCAUUGUGUCAGCAGAGGCCUUCGAGGCACAAGUCGGGUCAGCGCACAGCUCCCUUCUCCCUCUGAGUCUUCUGUAGGCACAUGCGCUCCUAACACGUAUGACCUCACUGCAGUCCCCUCAUGACCAGUGCACCGUCCAGCGGCUCCAGGCUCCGUCCCGAGGGCAUCGUGCUGCUGAGAGGGCCGCCCGUGCCCUCGGCACUUCAGGACGCCCCUGGGGACCCCCUCUGCCGUGUCUGGUGCGCCUGUCUCCACGGCCUGCUUCCCACCAUCUCUGGGUGGAGCGGCUCGAGGCCCGACGCAGCCUCCGUGUCAGCCGGAACCUAGCACGGCGUCUGCUGGUGCGGGUGACGGCACCGCCAGCCAGGCCCUGAGCACGUGGGACGGGGUGUAGCGACCGGUCUUGGCGGUGGUGUGUUCUAGAACUGUAAAUGAUCUUCAGUUUUUAAUUAAAAACAAAUUCUCGGUGCUUUC